UGACAAACUGUCAUGUUCCAAGCUCCUUUUACUUUCGAAAUUCGACUUUCGUCAUUUUAAAAAUUAAAAUGGCUAGUGUUAGAAAUAUUUUUGGAAUCUUGAAUACUAAACCAAUAAUCAUUUUAGUGACACCUCAAAUAAAUAAAAUCUCCACAAGACUUUUUCAUUAUGGCAAAGAAUGUACAAAAUCAACAGUUUCCCAUAAGAACCAACAACUAUCGAAUAUUAUCCAUGCAGGAGUCAGCAUUCCAAUCCGGCAAUUCCAUUCUAGUCAGCCACUUAGGGCAACAAGAAACUACUAUGAGGUACUAGGAGUUGGUCGCAAUGCUUCCGGAGCAGAAAUAAAAAAAGCCUACUACAAACUUGCUAAGCAGUAUCAUCCUGAUGUGAACAAGGACCCUGAAGCUCAAAAGAAAUUUCAAGCAGUAUCAGAAGCAUAUGAGAUUUUAGCUGAUGAUACAAAACGUAAGCAAUAUGAUACAUAUGGAGCCACAGCUGAUCAGAUGGGUGGAAUGGGAGGGUCUGGUAGAGCACAAGGUCCACAAGGAUUCAGUCAGCAUUGGCAGUAUCAAUCUACAAUAGAUCCAGAGGAAUUAUUCAGGAAAAUAUUUGGUGAUGCAGCCUUUGGAAACAAGGGGUCUUCCCCUUUUGAGGAUUUUGCUGAGUCCAGAUAUGGAUUUGGGGAAGCCCAAGAAAUUGUUUUGAGGAUAUCAUUCAGUCAAGCAGCCAGAGGUACUAACAAGGAUGUCAACAUAAAUGUGGUGGAUACCUGCCCAAAAUGCAAUGGUUCUAGAUGUGAGCUUGGCACCAAAGCUACCAAGUGCCAAUUUUGCAAUGGUACUGGUAUGGAAAGCAUCACAACAGGGCCAUUUGUGAUGAGAUCUACUUGUAGAUAUUGUCAAGGGACAAGAAUGUAUAUUAAGCAUAAGUGUGUGGAAUGUGAGGGAAAGGGAUCAACUGUUCAAAGGAGGAAAGUGACUGUACCUGUUCCUGCAGGAAUUGAGGAUGGCCAAACUGUGAGGAUGUCUGUGGGAAAGAAAGAGCUUUUUGUCACAUUUAGGAUAGACAAGUCUGAUUAUUUCACUAGAGAUGGAGCAGAUGUACACACAGAAGCUGAUAUUUCUGUAGCUCAAGCUCUACUAGGAGGUACCAUCAGAAUAGAAGGAUUGUAUGAAGAUCAUACUAUUCAAGUUAUGCCUGGCACUUCUUCACACACAAGAAUUCGUUUGAGCGGCAAGGGGAUGAAACGUGUCAAUGGAUAUGGACAUGGCGACCAUUAUGUCACCUUCAAGGUGGUUAUUCCCAAGCAUUUGGAUGAAAAGCAGAAGGCCUUGGCAAUGGCCUAUGCUGAAUUGGAAAAAGACACGCCUGGAACGAUUUUGGGAGUGACGAUCAGAAAAGAUGGCAGUAAACUGACUACAUCUGAGAAGUUAGAACUUUUGAAUGCCAUUCGGUUAGUUUUAGAAGGUAAGAAAGAAAGCAAUUCUGAGAAAGAUACUGAUUUAAACAACAAUAGGACGAAAAAUAUAGGGGAAAUAGAACAAGCAGUGGAUAGAAGUAAAGAUGUACAAAGUGAAGUAGUUGAAGAAAGUGAUAGGGAAGAAACAAAAUUGAAAAAUAAGAAUUGAGAAUUCUGUUUUUAGUACCCUGGUGUACAUAUUCAUUUCAAGUCAUAGUUUUUUACAUAAUUUGUUAUUUAUCUAUCAACUGGAAAUAAAAGUUAUUUCAGUGUUA